AUGGGGGACCCUGAAGAGAAGCUGAAUCAGAAGAACGACGACAAACCCCGGAAAGUGCGAUUUAAAAUCUCCUCCUCCUACAGUGGCCGAGUGUUGAAGCAGGUCUUUGAGGACGGGCAGGAGUUAGAGUCGCCGAAGGAAGAAUAUCCUCACAGUUUUCUCCAGGAGUCCCUUGAACCCAUGGAUGGUGUUUAUGGGUCUGGGGAACCCCCCAAGCCCCAAGUGUACUCCCCUAAGCUCACUGCUCAGAGGAUCAGUGUGUUUAGAGAGGGCAGUGCCUACACUUUGGCGGGCAGCCAGCCGCUGUUCAACAAUUACAAGGCGAAUGACCAUAAGCCCCCACCUAUUAUCGAUUUUGGAAAGAUAAUCAUCUACACGAAUAACUUGAAAAUUAUCCGAACCCCGAUGGACAAGAGAGACUUCAUGAGGAAGAUUCUCCAGAAAGAGGAGGAAGCUGAAGAGGAGUCUCUGAUGGGAAAAGAAGAAAACUAUGGAGACAGGGACCAGAACCAUGGGCCUCUGCCCGAGAUGGAAAGCACAUUCCACAGCCAGUAUGCACAGGAAGGGGAGCUGCCCGAGGACAACUGUUUUCACUGCCGAGGGUCGGGCAGUGCCACCUGCUCUCUGUGCCACGGCAGCAAGUUCUCGAUGCUGGCCAACAGAUUCAAGGAGUCCUAUCGGGCCCUCAGGUGCCCUGCCUGCAACGAGAAUGGCCUACAGCCUUGCCAGAUUUGCAAUCAAUAGCCUGUGGCUUUUGCAUGUCUGCUUUUCCCAUACCCUCCCUAAAGCAAUUCUAAUAAACUGCUCCCUCCUCCUUCUCCUGCCUGUUUCAGCAAGGAAGCCCCAGUGACUGCAGUCACCUCCACCACUGGCAAAACUCAAUUAUUCCGUGACAUUUAGUGAGGCUGGUAACAUCUCUAUGAGGGUCUAGGUAACAGGGGCAUUUUCAAAUCAGAGUCUGCUUUGAAACCAGUUUUAAAAUUAUCCUUCCAGAAACAUGUGCAUGCAUCUCACUUGACUUAGCUCCAUUUUCUCCUUGCAUCAGUGAACAAAUAAAUGUAUACUUCAGGCUGCAGGUUGAAGUCAUUUUCUGGUUAGGAGUUAUUUUGCAAAAUUAUGCUGUGAGAAAGGAAUAAAAAAUGCAGGGUUUUGAUGAGCUGGAUUCCCAUUGCUUAUUAUGCAUCUUGAAUUGUUAUUGAUCAAAUUGAAUUUCUAAUUGAGCAGAAGAGGAAAGGCAUAGGCAUGCUACCGUGAGCAAAGCAGGAUGUUCAUUCUGGAGAUAGGGAAGCCAAGGACGCCUUUCCUUUCAAAGUCUCCAUUCUCCUGUGUGAUGUGCUUGGGUAAUAUUCACACAGGCAGUGAGCACUACUACUUCUUAGGUCAAGAUGAGAUAAGACACUUUUGUGCGCCUCUAACUACUGAAGUUAUAAGCCGACUCAAAGCUAUUUAUAAUAAAUUUGGUGCUCAAGUAUGCGUGCAUGAUAAGGACUUCUUUUAGCCUCUGAAUUAUUACCAAGUAAAGAAAUCUAUUUUAUGUCUAAGGGUUAGCCAUGAUCUUUUCAAAAGGGACUGUGGAUAUUUUAUAGGUAUCUACUGGAAACCUCUAAGAGAAUAGUGAACCAUGGUGGAUUUUUAGCGAUUAUGUUUUACUACCCAUGAAUACACAUGGAGAUGAGUGUUUCAUUUGAAAGUUGAUUAUAAAAUUUAAAAAGGGGACAGGUGUUGUACAGUAGGUUAGCCACUGCUUGAGAUGCCCACAUCCCCUGUCAAAGUGCUUGGCAUCCAGUCCCACUUCUGUUUCUGAUCCAGCUUCCUUUAAUGUGCCUGGGGAAAAAGCAGAUGAUGGCCCAAGUACCUGGAUUCUUGUCAUCCACGUGGGAGACCUCAAUGGAUUCCUGGAAUCUGGCAUGGGCACAGCUGAAUCCAGGCUAUUGUGGGCAUUUGGGGAGCAAACCAGCAAAUGGAAUGUCUGUCUGUCUGUCUGUCUCUCUCUCUUUCUCUCUGCCUUUUGAAUCAAUCAAUCAUUUAAAAAAUUUAAAAAGUACCUUUAUUCAUGAGUUUUUGUAGCUGUAACUUCCAAUUCCCAUACCCUUGGAAAGUACCCUGUUAAAAUCUGCUAUCUACCGAGACUCAUUGCUUUUCUAUAAUAAUGAUUUGGAUUCCAUAACAAUAAUUUUUCAAGGUUUGUUUGUUAUUCUCUACUAUCCAGCUGU